CACGAAAAACAUUCCCUCUCACUUCCUUCCCUUUCCUCUACCCUUCACUAACAGAGGCGAAUGAUGAACAACAUGUCGAUGGGAGCUCGACCAUACCAGCAACAGCCUGGUGUGGGUGUGCACACACCCUCUCCAAUGUACCAGCAACAACCACAGCAGCCGCAGCAACAGGCUGAUGUCGUCUCUGGCGAACAAUACCGCUAUGCACUCACUAACUUUCGAAUUGCUCACGAGAAAGUUGAGCAACAAAGACACCAAUUAGAGGAACAGGAGCGUGUCGUCGCUCAGCUUAAAUCUCGGAUCGCUUUGCUGGAGGGUACGACAGGAGCCACCGUUCGAGGUCCGAACGGGAACACGAUCGAUGAUUUCUCAAUUCGAAACACUGCCUCUCAACUCGACAAACUCAUCAACCGCUGGGCAGCAGACAUCGUCCGCACACCGCCUGCACCCUUGAACCGAAUUUGCGCCGCCAUCCUCAACGAUGUCGUCAACGGCCUCGAAGGCAUUGAAGAAGUUGAGGCUACGCCUAUGCAACUCCAAUCUUACCUCCGGCACGCGCUGUCAGAAACCAUCUCUGAAGGUGUCAUCAACUGCCUCAUCGUCACCAAUUCUAUGGAGGCGAACGUCCAGCUGACAAGGGUCCACGAACAUUUAUUUGCUCGCGAUCCAACAGUGGCCUGUGUAUGGCGUCGUCAAACUUUCACGGCGGCCGUCGAAUCCUGCACACCCGACAUGUCAAUGUCAAUCCUCUACGAGCAAAUUCCUUCUGUGAUGAAAAUCCUGAACGGCAAACUGCCAAUAUCAGGAGGCGUGUCCAUCCUUGAUUCGGCCUAUGCUUUCUCCCGUAUGCUCCACGGCGCAGGGAGCACUGCCAACGACGCCUUCUAUCGCGCCUUCGUACCCGAACUGGGCAGCGCACUCUAUCCCCGACAAAUCGAAUUGGUGAAAAGGUGCCUGAAGAGCGAGAGGGGCGAACUGGAUCGAGUGGGAGCGACGAUCUUCCCAGGUUUGGUCAAGAUUUCGAGAUCGCCCACCGGUGAGCAAGGAGAAAACAAUCAUACGGUGGUCAGAAGAGCGCAAGUCAUCUGCGAAUGUGCGAUGGGCGGGUCGUCUGUUCCAUCACAAACCCCUGCCAUUCCACCUCCAUCUUUCGAAGGAGGGAUGAUGGAUCCAAUGGCCAUGAUGGGUGGCCCAAUGUAAUCUUCUCUCUUCUCUCUCUUCCUCCAGGUUCAUUCACACCCACCUACGUGCACAUCUAAUCCUGUUUUUCGUCUUUUUUUGUCGCUCUGUUUUACUUGGGCUCUUGGUUGCCUUGAUUUAUUUCCUUCGCUCUUCAAACACGACUGUACAUCUACUUUUUCCAAUCGCAAUCCUAAUAGAACACGAGCAGCAGCA